AUGCCCUCCUGGUUGGUCACCUCUCUUUACAAUGACAACCUUGUUGCCCACUCUCUUUUAGCCGCGGGAGAAAGACUGAACUCUUCACCGGGUCCAGUGUCCACUCCAGGCUCACUGAACUCUUCGAUGGACGCCCAGCCAGCAGGUUCCACGCUGCCCAGUCCCGGCGUCAAAAGUCACGUCCUCUCCAGCCCUGGCACCUCAUCUCCAAGACCCCGAUUUCCCAGAGGGUCGUCAACCGCUCUGCAGUCCAUAGAACUCGGGCCUCCGGUGGCUGCUAGGCCAAUCGACAAGCCCGCCUCCGGCGGCGUCACCUUGGCGCCCUCGCCUGCCGCCAUCGCCACUGGUCGCGAGGGCAGUAAACCUGUCGUCGGCGGAAGUGUGACUUUGGCCGCGUCUUCCAAAGCCCCUAUGCCCCUACGGCCGGCCGCCUCUAAUUGCCCUCCUCUUCUCGCCAAACGUCGGCCCUCGAUGGUCGUCAUGGCCGCCAGAGGCUCGGCUCGCCACCGCCGUUCCGGCCGCCUUCUCACUUCCGGCCCUCCCGGCUACGUUUCGGGAUUGGUUCGAGGCCGGUUUCAGUGCCAUCAGUGCGAGCUGGUCUGCGAGAAGCUCUGCCUGCUGCGCAAGCACUUCCGCAUACACACCAACCUGCGCCCCUUCAGAUGCCUACAAUGCGAGGUCUCGUUCAAGACGAAGGGCAAUUUGACCAAGCACAUGAAGUCACGCAGUCAUCAUGACAAGUAA